AUGGAUAAGCGGAGAAAUAUGAGCUAUUCACAAUUCUAUUUCAAUUACAUGGAAGCUAAAGAGUUCGAUGGUAUAGGAUUUCCCUACUGGGCUCUUUAUAAAACUACAUUGCUCACCAAAUUUCUUGUACUCCACGCUUUGAUUGCAUUCAGUGUUGCCGAUGUCAGUCACUUAAGUCGUCAAUAUUUGCCGCCUGCCGCUGCAGCUCAACGUUUAGAUCAGAAAAUACAGCCGCAGCAACAACAGCAACUAAAACAGGUGCAACAUGAUGAAGUGCUGCUUGACGAAGCCACAAACGGGAACGCUCAUGCCGUAACGGAUGUGCAGCAAUCACUGGAUAACGCAACAGAUAAUCCCGCAAGCGACGGCGCAUCCAGCGAAGCAGCUAGCGAUCCCUUCACACAACCUGGCCUUGUUGGUUUUGGCGGUUUCCCAAGUUCUAGACCCGCGUUCCCAGGACAAGGUUUUCCCACAUCUACUGUGCCUAUUUCGGUUUAUGUUGGACAGUAUCCAAUUUAUCCUGGAGAAGGUUUUCCCGGACAAAGCUUUUCUGGACAAGGCUUCCCUGGCCAAGGCUUUUCUGGUCAAGGCUUUUCUGGUCAAGGCUUUCCCGGUCAAGGCUUCCCUGGACAAGGCUUUUCUGGACAAGGUUUCCCUGGUCAAGGCUUUUCUGGUCAAGGCUUUCCCGGUCAAGGCUUCCCUGGCCAAGGCUUUCCUGGACAAGGCUUCCCUGGCCAAGGCUUUCCUGGGCAAGGCUUUAGUGCUCCGGGAUUCCCUGGACAAGGCUUCCCUGGACAAGGCUUUCCCGGUCAAGGUUUCCCUGGAGGCUUUCCGGGUGUGCCCUAUCAAACAAACAACCAGGAAUCCGGCUCCGAUGUUCGUAACCAAAAAACGCGUCUGAUUGCCAGUGAUACCAUUUACGGAGAAAACGGUGGUUAUGUCUACGACAAACCGAAAUAA